ACGCGUCGUCCGUUAGCCACACCCCACACUUUUCAGCCUAUCAGUUUGGAGGCGGCUAGAGAGGCGCUUUAAAUUCUUAACCCCUUCGUACUGGGACGACAGCAGCUUCGAUUCCUGAUCACUGAGGAGAGCGGGCGAGGCGGUGCGGGAAGAGUUAACAGGGACUAGGCGGCAGAUUCGUAGUCACAGCCCGGUCGGAGAGCUUCGGUCAGUACUGGAGAUCGCUGCCUGCAGAGCACACAGCACCAUGGAGCAGCCGGAGGAUCCGUCCCUGGAGAGGAAUUUUAAAGGCCACAGAGACACCGUUACCAGUGUGGAUUUUAAUCCCAACAUGAAGCAGAUCGGGUACUCAUGUAUUCACAGCCAGCGGCUCUAUGGACUCAUGUGUGAUGGUCUGGAAUAUGAAGCCUCAGAUGAGAGCGUAUCGCUUUGUGGGCCAUAAGGACGCAGUGAUGUCUGUGGAAUUCUCGCCCUCGGGGCAUCUUCUUGCGUCAGCCUCCAGAGAUAAGACCGUUCGUCUUUGGGUUCCCAGUGUAAAAGGAGAAUCGACUGUGUUUAAAGCCCAUACGGGCACAGUGCGGAGUGUCAGUUUCUCCAGCGACGGGCAGUCUCUGGUCACUGCGUCAGAUGAUAAGACGGUCAAAGUGUGGACGGUUCACAGGCAAAAGUUCCUCUUCUCUCUGAAUCAGCACAUAAACUGGGUUCGCUGUGCCAAGUUUUCACCAGAUGGGCGACUAAUCGUGUCCGCCAGUGACGACAAAACCAUAAAACUGUGGGACAAAACCAGUCGGGAAUGCACACACUCCUUCUGUGAACAUGGCGGGUUUGUGAACUUUGUGGACUUUCACCCAAGCGGGACCUGUGUGGCGGCUGCGGCCACUGACAACACCGUGAAAGUUUGGGACAUCCGAAUGAACAAACUUAUCCAGCAUUACCAAGUACACAGCGGAGCAGUGAACUCCCUCUCCUUUCACCCCUCGGGUAACUAUCUCGUCACCUCCUCUAAUGAUUCCACCCUGAAGAUCCUGGACCUGCUGGAGGGACGGCUACUGUACACGCUGCAUGGCCAUCAGGGAGCAGUGACUUGUGUCAAGUUCUCUAAGGAAGGACGGUUCUUCGCCUCUGGAGGAUCUGAUGAGCAAAUCAUGGUCUGGAAAACAAACUUUGAUUCCUCUACGUACAGCGACGUAAUGAAGCACAACAGACGAGAUGUGUUCAUGACCGGCGCAGAGACCAAAGCAAGUAGUACCCUGCUCCAACCCCAAGCAGACCCAGCACAUGAGGGGCCUCACAAUACCAUGGUGAGUUUGGAGGACAGAAGGAGCCCCAUCCCACCUAGACCCCAGUCUACCGACUGUAGACCAAAAUCUCAACCUGAUGACUACAAUAUGCGGAAUGUCGCCAACACUCUGGAGCACAUCGUUGGACAGUUAGAUAUUCUUACUCAGACCGUAGGUAUUUUAGAGCAGAGACUCUCUCUGACUGAAGACAAACUGAGAGAAUGUAUGGAAAGGCAGAAGAGGCCCAGCAUGGACACAUGAUGGUGCUGUACUCGUGUACAAAGCUUAUUUUAUCCUUUUUUACUGUAAAUAUAAAAUAUUUUAUCAAUAAAUAGUUUUUG